GAAGCGGAAAUAGAAUACCCUUUUUUCCUGUAUUUAAGCGCGCCAACAAAGACGCUUUUAAGGAGUCGGUUGGUUUUGUCGUUUGGAGCAGAGUCGGCUUUUAGUUUUGGGUUAUCUCGCUGUCCUUCGAUUAAAAAUGCCCGAAGAAGCGUCCACCGCGCCUGGCUCUGGGAGUGAGGAAAAGCCAUGCUCGUCAACAGCUGUAGCAAAAAGCUCAGGUGAUGUGAUGGAGGAGGCGAAGAAACUGAUGGGCACAGGGAAAAGGCAUCUGGUGAUGGGGGAUGUUGUUUCUGCUGUCAGUGUUUUCCAGGAUGCCUGCAGCAUGCUGGCGGAACAGUUCGGGGACACUGCAGAUGAGUGUGGUGAGGCCUUUUUCCUGUGUGGGAAGUCCCUGCUGGAGCUUGCAAGGAUGGAGAAUAGUGUCCUUGGUAAUGCUCUCGAGGGAGUCCCAGAAGAGUCUGAGGAAGAGGAGCAGCCCAAAAGCACGAAUAUAGAGAGUGCCGACAAUCUUGAUGAGGAAACUAGAGAAGAGCUACGAAAGCAGGUCUAUGAUGCAAUGGCAGAAGAGGAGAAAGCCGAGGUAAAGCUCAAGUCUAAAGACGUGACGGGCGACACCGCGGUGGAAAAUGAAAACGUCGAGGUGACGGCGCCGGUCAAACGUUGCGCGAGCGGAGCAGAAAAAGCUUCGAGCUCUGCUUUAGAUGUGGAGCAGAAGAGUUCAGUCCUGGAGGAGGAGGAGCCAGAGCCUCGAUCUGACGGUGCAGAAGAGUUCACGGUGACGGAGGAUCCCGCUCCUCCGUCUGAAGGAAAAACUGGGACCGAAGAUGAGACUGAGCCAGAAAACCAAAACGCUGAAGAGGCAGAGGAGGGUGAUGAUGAAGAUUCCAAACCAGAAACUGAAGAGGACCAAUCAGAGGAUGACGAUGAUGAUGAAGAUGACGAUGAGGAAGAAGGAGAAAAAAAAUCACAAGAUAAUGAAGAGGAUGAUGUUGGGAAUCUGCAGUUGGCCUGGGAGAUGCUGGAGGUCGCCAAAGUCAUCUUUAAAAGAACGGAAAGCAAAGAGGAACAGUUGAUGGCAGCUCAAGCUUAUCUGAAGCUUGGAGAAGUCAGUGCUGAGUCAGGUAACUACCCCCAGGCACUUGAGGACUUCCAGGAGUGUCUUGCCCUGCAGCUGAAGCACCUGCCGCCUCACAGCCGUCUGCUGGCUGAGACCCACUACCACGUAGCUACGACCCUUUGCUACAUGGAUCAGUACAACCAGGCCAUCCAGCACUACAACAGCUCCAUAAAGGUCAUCGAAACCCGUCUGGCCAUGCUGCAGGAGGUCAUAGACGCAGCGAAGGACGGCGACGGUGCAGCGGGGGAGAGAACUGAGAUGGAAGAGCUGAAGCUGCUUCUGCCUGAAAUCAGGGAGAGGGUGGAAGAUGCCAAGGAGAGCCAGAGAACAUCCAGCGCUGCCUCUCAGGCAAUCCAGCAAACACUACCUGCCUCUCAGUCCUCAACAUGACUUCCUGUCCUUCCUGACCUCUGAAACCAGCACAGCAUGCCUGUCCAGUCGCUCACAAUUGACUUCACCUGUUUCUGUAAAUACAAACACGUUUUCACAGAUUUCUGUCAAGUUUUGUAUACUUGUAGUAAAAACAAAAAAACUAAUAAAAAAAUUUGCAGAUGAGAA